AUGGAGCACCUUGAUGGCGGCAAGCUUGAAGAAUUUGAUACAGUGAACGAGAGCGCCAGUUAUGUAAGACGUCGAAUGCAAGAUGCCGGAAAAGUUGGGAAGGGCAGUGGCGCAGCUGCACAACAAACUUGUGGGGGUGACAAGAGAAACGCUCGGCCCGUCGUAAGGAAGUCGGCCAUUUUGGACCGUUGCAGAAGUGAAAAUCGCAAAAGCGUGCGGAUCAUGAUGUCGGACCUCAGUCGCGCCGAAGGGAGUCAGAAAAGUUUGGAGUACGACGUGAGGGGCGGGGACUUUGACGGCUCCUCCUACAGCCAGGAUGACGGCUCCCAAUCUUCGUGCUCACUAUCGGAGGACGAGCCCACGGACUUUCCUGUUCCCCGUUUCAAGCCCCGAACCGACUCCCUGUAUACUCUCCGCUCGUGCAUGAGCAUAUCCGAGGAGUCGACGAACCUGGCCACCAGCGAGCUCAAGGAUUCGUCGACGCACUCGGACAACUCGGAUGUGAUGGAGAACGUCGAUCUCAGGAGUCCGCUGAUGGCGCUCGCACCGAACGACGGGGCUGGUGUGUUCGGCGGGUGUUUAGAAACCAACCAUAGAUUCAACGCGGGUCCGAUGAAAACCAUUUCAGACGUGCCUAUUUCUUUCGGUUCAGCUGCCAGCGAUGUCGGUCGUCAGCGG